AUAUUCGUGGAUUAAUUUACUUCUAUCUGAUUCCUUUCAUGAACGUUUUCAUUGUUUUCUUUUUUUGUAAAUGAAUACCUUCAUAACGAAUAGAAUUAUAAAUAUAUCUUAAAAUAUAUAUUUCACAGGGACCUGCUGCUGACUGUGAGGCAGGUUGUUACUGUGAGUGAGUGGUUGGGGGGACCGGAGGGGUGUGUGUGUGUGAGUUGAGAGAGCACUACAGCUAUUGGCACGCGCGCACGUCGUGACAUACAUUGCAGAAUAACUUAUUCCAUUCCCUUCAAUGUUACAGUUUUCCUCUAAUGUAGACGUUGUCAGGAGAGCUGCUGGAGUAGAUGAACUGUUGGCCUCCCGAGUGGCGCAGCGGUCUAAGGCACAGCUUGCAAUAAUUAUUAUGAGGAAAACUGAAUUUAGCUUCCAACGUCGUUACAAGUUACUACGAUAAUCUUUAAUUGUCUCGGUAACAUUAUGGACAAGGGGUUUACAAUAUAAAUGGCAACUCCUCUUGCUGUGAAAAAAAGGAGCUUGUUUUCAGGCCUUUUGGGCACUUUUUGAGUUGUCAUUGGUCUGGAAAUUUUGCUUGACCUGGCAACCCUGCUCUCAGAGAGAAGGGGGAUAUCUGUCAGAAGUAAAACAUAGCAUUUUGUAUUUCAGAUCUGCUUCCCCAUUUCCUCAACACUGACAAUUUCCCUGUUUAAACAUCCUGGUUUCCAUUCAUCCGUGAUCAUUAUUCAUAACUUCAAUAUUGAACCAACAUGGCCAUGUUCUACUUCAGACAUACAUCCUCCCUCUUUCCUUGAAGUAAGCACAGAAUUACAAGAAUGGGGUAUAUGCAGGUAGAGGAGCACACCACCAACAUGUUACACCUGAAGAGGUCGCCUGGCAUCCGCUCCUGGUCGCUGCUCAUAGGUAGGAUCAUGAUGUGUGUGUUUAUAUUUACUGAGUUUAUUUCUUUGAAUGCAAUGUCAGAAAAUAAAUUGACCCAGCAUUUGGUCCCUUUUCUGAUUUCAGGUAUUGCGUCCAUUGGCCUGGCUGCUGCAUACUACAGCUCCGACAGUAUCCUGUGGAAGCUUUUCUACGUGACGGGCUGUCUGUUCGUGGCCAUGCAGAACAUGGAGGAGUGGGAGGAGGCAGUGUUUGAUAAAACCAAGAAAGUGAUAGAGCUGAAGACCUUCAGUCUGUAUGCCCUGAUUCUCACCAUGUGUAGGAGAGGCCAGGAGAAAGUGGUGAUGGUCAUGAGGCACCUGCGUGACGUAUGUGUUCAGGAGGAGAAGGUGCGCUACCCAGGGAAGGGCUACCUGCUGGUGCUGCGACUGGCCACAGUUUUCUCCUACUCCCUCACACAGACUGCCACCAUGGGGGGACACAGUGAUGUGGAGGCAGUGGCUUCGUUGCUCAAGCGUUUCCUGGGUCUGGAGGAGCUCCAGUGUCGCUGGAGGAAGAGGCAGUCAGGGAGGAAGAUGCACUGAACCCCAGCACUGACUCCAGAGAAGAGGGGGACUCAGUGCAGUAGAAGGAGAAGAGAUGAGGGGAAGCCACAGCAGACUUGAAAUGCACCCAAAUAUAUUUUACAGCAUUUUGUAGUAUCCCUGAUACUAUAAAUUGCCUUAAAUACGCUUCAAUUGUAGAGUUUUCCACAGAAUAUUUAAACAAAUUCAUAGUUUGUGUUGCCUGUUCUUCAAAAACAAUCAUUACUUUAUUAGACUCAACCCUAUAAUUACAGUGCCUUUCUAUUUAAAUGUAAUCAGUAUGUGUGAAAUACUCAUUCAAAACAUUCCCACAGUUUAGGGAACACAGUGUGUUUGAGACCUCCCAAGUGAUAAUCUUGGUCUAGUAGGAUUGUCUCUACUCACUGCAACCAUCCAUCCAUCUGAAUGCAUGUGACUGUAAACUAUAAUCAAGCAUGGAUUUCCAGGGAUCAGUUAAGAAUGUUUGCCUGUUUUUAUGUUAAAGUAAAUACUUGCAUGUCUUUCAGCAUUGAUGGGUCUCAUCACUAGGGUCAGACAGAAUCUGGGGAGGCAAAACCUCUAGAAUGAACUUAAUCUAACAGCUUCUACAUCUGCAUUGCCUGCUGUUUGGGGUUUUGGGCUGGGUUUCUGUAUAAAACUUUGACAUCUGCUGAUGUAAAAAAGGGUAUAAUAACUACAUUUGAUUGAUUUAUUAUUCAUAGGGUAAACUACAGAUUUCAUCUGGCCUUAUAUACACAAAACGAAAGACCAGUCUCAGGUAACAUCCCUGUCCAUAGACAAAUGUGUUAAUAACAAUAUGUAUGUUUGACAAAUAAACUGUAUUACAUUGUAUCUGGACUGUAUUUAACUAAGUUACUGCAUCUGUUGGCAAGAGGAAGGUGAGUGUAGAUGCCUUCUGUUGCUUGAAAGAAAGAAUGCAUGAGAUAUUUUGGGUCCAGUUAGUGUGUGUUGCUGGAUGACUUCAGGUACUGGUUUGCCUAGUCUUUUUUUUUUUUUUUUUUUUUUU